AUGGGGCGAGCGGCGGCGGUGGAGGAGGGUGACGUGGAGUUCGUCGACUACGACCAGGACGACGAGGACGCCAUGGAGGAGGACGGCCGCGCCGUCCGCGCUCUCCCCGUGCCCCGCAUCGUUUCCCCCGCCGUGGUGCGCACCCGCGGGCGCUUCGCCGGUCGCAGCCCCUCCGUUCUUACCGCACUACCGCUUCGACUACAUCACCAACGACGGAGACCAUGGUCCUGGCCCGCAGCGCUAUUGACUAAUGUAUGUAGUCCAGCGUUUUCAGCACCAGGAACUUGUGGGGUAACUCUUCCAGCUAUCGAAGGCUGGACAAUUCUUGUUUCUGGAGUUAAAGAAGAUGCUGAAGAAGAUGAUCUUUACAAUGCUUUCAGUGAAUUUGGUCAUGUCAAGGACUUGCAUCUCAAUCUAGAACGCCGCACUGGAUAUGCCAAGGGAUAUGCGCUGAUUGAAUACGAAAGCUUUGAGGAAGCACAAGCUGCGAUCAGAGCAAUGAUCGGGAGCCAGCUGUUCACAAAAACUAUCUAUGUUGAUUGGGCAUUCAGCAGAGGUCCUAUACAGAAUUUCAAGAGUGCAAGGCCAUCACGCCCAAGAUCUAGGACUCCUCCGCGCAGGCUUGCUGCCUUGACGCCAUAUUGA